AAGUCCUCCAAAUUCCAAAAGCCGUAGGAUAUCUCUAGGGUUUAUUAUUAAUAUUAAUUAUCUCUAUUAAAUUUUUUGCUAAUAUUAUCUCUUCCUAAUAAUUUCUACGUUUCACUAUCAAAAUUUUUGCUAAUGGAUUCCGACCAUGAAAUUUACGAUAUGUAUUCAGACGAAGAUGAGGUAGUUUUCAGUGAUGGCGACAACAUUGAUGAAUCCAUGCACUCUGACAAUCAGAAAAAUUACAAAAUCUUGAAGGAUACUGAUAUUCGUCAACUCGUGAAAGAAGAUGUCGUGAAAACUUCAAGCAUUCUCUCUGUCCCACAAGACGUUUCGUUAGCACUUCUACGACGUUAUAAUUGGAAUGUCACUCGAGCUAAUGAAGAGUGGUUUGCUAAUGAACACGAAGUUCGUAAGUCUAUAGGUAUGUUAUCUGAAAACAACUACAUCUCAGUCUCAGAAAAUAAAAACCCUUUGAAAAGAAGUAGUAAUCAUGUGAAUUGUGGGAUUUGUUUUGAGGAAUAUUCUUUUGAUAAGGUUGCUUUUGCUACUUGUAAUAAACAUCCUUUUUGUAAGCUAUGUUGGGAAGGUUACAUUAGUGCGUCGAUUGAUGAUGGUUCUAAUAAGUGUCUCGGUUUACGUUGUCCCGAACCACGUUGUGACGCUAUGGUAGGUGAAAGUAUGAUCGUUACAUUAGCUUCUGAGAAAGAUAGAUUGAUGUAUUAUGAUUGUUUAUUUCGAUCUUAUGUCGAAGAAAAUAGGAAGAUCAAGUGGUGUCCUGCUCCGGGAUGUGAAUGUGCUGUUGAAUUUGAGAUAGGGAGCGAGAGUUAUGAUGUGAUUUGUGAUUGUUCUAAUGGUUUUUGUUGGAAUUGCGUGGAGGAAAUUCAUCGCCCGAUUGAUUGUGACACUAUAGCUAAGUGGAUUUCUAGGAAUCACGAAGAAGCCGCGAAUACGAAUUGGAUUUUGGCUUUUACUAAAAAGUGUCCCAAGUGUGACAACUCAAUUGAGAAAAAUAUGGGGUGUAUGCAUAUGACUUGUAGGUGUGGUUACCAAUUUUGUUGGCUUUGUUUUGAAAAAUGGGGUACUUGUUAUAGUAAAUGUAAUAGGUAUGAGGAAAAAAAAGAGAUAAAAGAAGCCAAACAAUGUGUUCAAAGGUACAUGCAUUUCUAUGAGAGAUGGUUAUCUAAUGAGAAGUCAAAACAAAAGGCCAUAGUGGAUUUGAAAAAAAUGAGAGAUGAAGGAUUGAAGAAUUUUAGUGAAUUGCACUCUUUAGCUGAGACUGAAUUUGAAUUUAUUAUACAAGCUUGGAAACAAAUUGUUAAAUGUAGGAGGGUGUUGAAAUGGACUUACGCUUAUGGAUUUUAUUUACCAAAAGAGGAGGUGGCAAAAACACGAUUUUUCGAGUACUUACAAGGGGAAGCUGAGGCAGGUCUGGAGCGACUUCAUCAUUGUGUGGAGAAAGAAUUGAUGGACCAUCUUGGAUCGACCAAGGAAUUGGAUUAUACAGAGCAAGGGUCUUACAAGAAGUUCGAAAAUUUUCGUUCGAAAGUCAUUGGCCUGAUUAAAAUUACUGGAAAUUACUUUGACAAGUUGGUUAUGGCACUAGAAAAUGGACUCAAAGAUGUGAAUACUUCAAGAGAAUUCACUAGAAAAAGGGAAGCACCAAUGAGUAGCAACAAAGAAGGUAUUAUGUGGAAGUGUGAUAGGUGCACAUUCUUGAAUGAAGAUUUUGACACAAUUUGUCAAAUGUGCCUUGGUCAAUGAAGCAAAUUUAGUUCACUGAAUUUAGAAGGGGUAUUUUUUUUUUUUUUUUGCUUAGCAAAUUGGGUCAAAUUAAAGACUAGAUUAUUUAGUAUGAUAAACUUAUAAAGCUUGGUUUUUUCUCAAUUUCUUGUGUGAAGAAUUUGUUUUUAUAUAAUUUCAUUUGUUUUCAGUUAUCAGUAUGUCAACUUUUGUUUUGUUUAAUUUCUAUCUCAGGCAUGCUUUUUGAUCAAGCUUGUAUUUCUCAUAAAAAAGCUCAUUGAUUCUUUUUAGGAUUGUGUUGAAAACUCCUAUAUUUAAUUUAAGUCAAGAAAAUCAGGGUAGAAAAACAAGUGCAUUAUUCAUAUAGUUUCAUUAUUUCGAAUUGUAUGAUACUUUAUAGAUUGUUCUUUUUAUUUUUAUUUUUAACAAGACUUGAAAUGAUAUUCAUAGACAAAAGACAUUAACCUGAUUGAUUGACUUCUUGCUGA